AUUAUCCCAUUCAAGUAUUUCAGCCUGACUGAGUGUGAGUUUGCUGCCCGGUGGCGAUGCAAAAAUGACAGCCGAGUGCAGACUCAGAGACUUUUGUAAAGGAACUUCGUUGAAGCGUGCUCUUUAAACCACGUGACGCAGAGCGGAAACUCUUUGCUCUCUCAAAAUGUCCGCUGCCGAUGAAAACACGUUGCCCCAAGAGGACGAUGAGUUUGAGGAGAUGGAGGCGAGUGGAAGCGAUGAGGAUGAUAUGGAGGCAAAGGGGCCGAACGAGGGGUCUGAGAGUAAGAUUUAUAUUCCCGGUCUGCAGCCGCUUCAGCCGGGAGAAGAGCUCGAGAUGGACCACUCCGCUUACCGCAUGUACCACGAGUGCCAGACGGGUUCCCCAUGUCUGAGUUUUGAUGUGGUGCGUGAUGGUGAAGGAGAUGGCUGGGAGCAGUAUCCUCUCUCUCUGGUGCUGUGUGCUGGUACUCAAGCAGAUACUGCAUUAAGUAACAGACUUAUUGUUAUGCGGAUGCACAAUCUUUAUGGAACUGGCAAAGAAAAAGAAGAGAAUGAAAGCAGUGAUGAAGAAAGUGAUGAAGAGGAUGAGGACCGGAAACCACAGUUAGAGCUGGCCAUGAUGCCACAUUAUGGUGGGAUAAACAGAAUCAGAGUCACCCAGCGAGGAGAACAGACAUUGGCCGCUGUGUGGUCAGAAAAAGGGCAGGUAGAGAUUUUUGACCUUCAAUCUCAGUUGGAAGCAGUGCACAGCUCCUCAGCGAUGUCUGCCUUCAUCAAGCAGCAAAAAGAAGCCAAACCUCUUUUCAGUUUUUCUGGUCACAUGACAGAAGGAUUUGCUGUUGAUUGGUCACCGAAGGUUCCAGGGCGGCUGGUGAGCGGCGAUUGCAAGAAGAACAUUCACGUCUGGGAGCCGCAGGAGGGUGGGGCUAGCUGGAAGAUUGACCAAAGACCCUUCAGCUCACACAGCAAGUCUGUUGAAGACCUACAGUGGUCACCUACUGAAGCUACAGUUUUUGCAUCCUGCUCAGUGGAUCAGUCCAUUCGCAUUUGGGACAUAAGGGCACCACCUAAUUCAAGGCUUUCAGCCAAUGAGGCUCAUUCUUCAGACAUCAAUGUUAUCAGUUGGAAUCGAACCGAACCUUUCCUUUUGUCUGGUGGGGAUGAUGGCCUCCUGAAAGUUUGGGAUUUAAGGCAAUUCCAGUCCGGACGUCCAGUGGCCAGUUUCAAGCAGCACAGUGGACCUGUGACCUCAGUGGAGUGGAGCCCUAUUGACUCCAGUGUGUUUGCUGCCUCUGGAGCUGAUGAUGUCAUUAGCCAAUGGGACCUGUCAGUGGAGUCAUGUGACGUGGGAGAACAGGCUGAGGACUUGAAACAACUUCCACCACAGCUGCUGUUCCUCCACCAGGGUCAGAAAGAAGUGAAGGAACUCCACUGGCACCCACAGAUUCCUGGAGUUCUCAUUUCCACAGCAUUAUCAGGAUUCAACGUCUUCCGAACUAUCUCUGUAUAAUGUUUAUGUAAGUGACAGGGUAAGAGAGAGAUUGGACAAUUGUUCGUUUCAAACAAAUUUAAAAUAUGUGCAUGCAUGUGAUUUUAAAUGUACAUAGGUGGAUGAAUGGAAUGUAUGCGUGACUCGUGUAUAUAUUUUUUGCCUCCCCUUUCUAGACCAUCUGCAAGUUAUUUCUUGAGAAAUAAUGUAUGUAAUAAAUUCUAAAUGUGUGCCCAUUACAGCUCCAUAAAACUCCUGUAUCAUUGUCUGUUGUUUG